CCGAUUCGACCCAAGUCCCCAACCCUCUCCCGCCGCACCACCACCACCUCUCUUCUCCUCCCCACCCCCCUCCAGAUCGCCCCCGCAAUUCCUCCGUGCAACGCAACGCCCCUGCCCUGGGCGAGCUCGAGAGCGCGGGCGCGCCCAGAUCUGCGCGGUCUCGCCGGCGAUGGCGUGCAUCAAGAGCGCACAGCGGGCGGCGCUGACGGCGCUGGCGCCGGACGCGCCGUACCUCGCCGCCGGCACCAUGAGCGGAGCCGUCGACAUGAGCUUCUCCGCGUCCGCCAACAUCGAGAUCUUCCGCCUCGACUUCCAGUCCGACUCCCCGGACCUCCCGCUCCUCGCCUCCGCGCCCUCCCCCGACCGCUUCAACCGCCUCUCCUGGUCGCGGCCGGGCGCCGUGGAGGGCGACUCCUUCGCGCUGGGCCUCCUUGCGGGAGGCCUCAGCGACGGCUCCGUCGCCGUGUGGAACCCGCUGAGCAUGAUCAGCUCCGAGGGCAAAGCGGAGGACGCCAUGGUCGCGCGGCUCGAGAAGCACACCGGACCGGUUUGUGGGUUGGAGUUUAGCGAGCUCACGCCGAAUCGGCUCGCUUCAGGGGCUGAGCAGGGGGAGCUCUGCAUCUGGGAUCUCAAGAACCCAGUGGAGCCAGUUGUUUACCCGCCACUCAAGCAGAGUGUGGGUUCCAGUGCCCAAGCUGAAAUCUCUUGUUUAUCAUGGAAUCCCAAGUUUCAACAUAUAUUAGCAACCACUUCUAGUAAUGGAAUGACAGUUGUUUGGGAUUUAAGGAACCAGAAACCACUGACUAGCUUUUCAGAUUCUAUUAGAAGGAAAUCCUCUGUUCUUCAAUGGAACCCAGACAUGUCCACCCAACUGAUUGUUGCAUCAGAUGACGACACCUCACCAUCUCUGAGAGUUUGGGAUGUGAGGAAGACCAUUUCACCAGUAAGAGAAUUCGUUGGCCAUUCAAAAGGUGUAAUUGCUAUGUCCUGGUGCCCUUAUGAUAGUUCGUUCUUGCUCACAUGUUCCAAAGACAAUAGAACAAUUUGUUGGGAUACUGUUAGUGGAGAGAUUAUUAGUGAGCUACCAACCAGCGAUAAUUGGAAUUUUGACCUUCACUGGUAUCGGAAAAUUCCAGGCGUCAUAGCAGCGUCCUCAUUUGAUGGGAAAAUUGGCAUAUACAACCUAGAGUUCUCUGGACUUUAUGCAGCUAGUGAUGCAGGUGCCCCAGCUCGUCCAAGAGCGCCAGCUCCAAAAUGGUUGAAAUGCCCCACUGGUGCAUCUUUUGGCUUUGGUGGUAAACUUGUUGCUUUCCAUCCGGCGGCACCCACCCAAGGCGCCCAAGUAUCUUCUUCUGAGGUGCAUGUGCACAAUUUGGUGAUUGAGCAAAGUCUGGUCAGCCGGUCAACUGAAUUUGAAGCUGCUAUACAGAAUGGUGACAAGAGUUCGCUGCGUGCUCUGUGUGAAAAAAAGUCACAAGAAUCAUUAUCUGAUGAGGAAAGAGAAACAUGGGGCUUCUUAAGGGUUAUGUUUGAGGAUGGGGAUGUUGCAAGGACAAAAUUGCUUGCUCAUCUUGGCUUCGAACCGCCUCAAGCACCAACUGUGGAUUCAACUGAUGAACUGAGCCAAACAUUGGCGGAUACACUUAAUCUUGAUCAUGGCACAACAACUGAUAAUGCAGAUGCUCAAUUUCUCGCUGAUAACGGGGAUGAUUUUUUCAAUAAUCCUCAACCUUCAGAGGCUAGCUUAGCUGAAGAAUCAAUUUCUACAAAUGCUGAACAGAUAGAGCAGGAAAUGCCUGGAGAUGUUGUGCCAUCUGAUCCAUCAAUUGACAAGAGCAUUCAACACGCGUUGGUGGUUGGAGACUACAAAGGGGCAGUUAAACAGUGCCUUGCUGCAAAUCGUAUGGCUGAUGCUUUGGUUAUUGCCCAUGCUGGUGGUUCGGCUCUAUGGGAAAGCACAAGAAAUCAGUAUCUUAGAAAGAGUAUCUCACCCUACUUAAAGGUUGUUUCUGCUAUGGUGGGCAACGAUUUAAUGAGUUUCGUGAGUACUUGGCCCCUAAGUUCGUGGAAAGAGACUCUUGCGCUAUUGUGCACAUUUGCGCGGAAAGAGGAAUGGAAUGUUUUGUGUGACACACUUGCAUCUAGACUCCUGAGUGUUGGAAAUACACUAGCUGCAACUCUUUGUUACAUCUGUGCUGGAAAUAUUGACAAAGCUGUGGAAAUAUGGUCUCGCAACUUGAAGUCUGAAGAUGGUGGGAAGACUUAUGUUGAUCUUCUCCAGGAUUUGAUGGAAAAGACCAUUACUCUCGCCCUUGCUACAGGCCACAAGAGAUUUAGCGCAUCGCUCUCUAAGCUUGUUGAGAACUACGCUGAACUGUUGGCCAGUCAAGGUCUUCUGAAGACUGCAAUGGAGUAUUUGAAACUGUUGGGAUCAGAUGAACAUUCACAUGAGCUGGCGAUUUUGAGAGAUAGAAUUGCAUUUUCUACAGAAGAGAAUGAUGCUGCUAGGAGCUCUGUUUCUGAUAGCACUGGUGCCAGUUCUCCGUAUGCCACUAAUCAGAGUUAUAUCACCCCGGACCAUUCUCAGAAUCUUUACCAGCAGGUACAAUCAUAUAAUGUUCCAAGUAACACAUAUUCGGAUGGUUACCAGCAACAACCUAAUGCAGCCUUUGCAUACAACAAUGCAUACCAACCUACACAACCAGCCCAAAUGUUUGUUCCACCAAGUGCGCCCAUCAGCUCUCAGCAACCACAAGGUUCUGCUCCCGUGCCUGUGCCACCGCAAACAGUAAAGACAUUUACUCCUGCAAACCCAAUGAGUCUCAAAAAUGCAGAACAAUAUCAUCAACCUAAUACCUUGGGCUCACAGCUUUACACGGGUGCUGCAAACCAGCCAUAUUCUACUGCAUCAUCUGCUCCGUAUCAAAGCGGACCUCCACCCACAUUCAAACCUGUUCAAUACCAGACUACACCAGUCCCUUCCGUUGGUCCUACUGCCUCUGUACCAGGAACGGUCCCUAACCAGAUGCUUCCCCAUUCUGCUGCUGCAACUAACUCAACAUCCAGGUUUAUGCCAUCAAACAAUCAAGGCUUUGUUCAGAGACCAGGCUUGAGUCCUGCCCAGCCCUCAAGCCCAACACAGGCACAGGCACCGGCACAGCCAGCUCCUCCUGCACCUCCCCCGACUGUGCAGACAGCUGAUACAUCAAAGGUUUCUGCUGAGCUGAGACCUGUUAUUGCAACACUGACCAGACUAUUUGACGAGACAUCCAAAGCCCUCGGGGGAUCACAAGCUACUCAAGCAAAGAAGCGUGAAAUUGAAGAUAAUUCAAGGAAAAUAGGGGCAUUGUUUGCGAAACUAAAUAGUGGCGACAUAUCUCCAAAUGUUUCAUCUAAACUCAUUCAGCUGUGCAGUGCACUUGAUAGUAGUGAUUUUGCCACUGCGAUGCACCUCCAGGUAAUCUUGACAACAAGUGACUGGGAUGAGUGCAACUUUUGGCUUGCGGCAUUGAAGCGUAUGAUCAAGACACGACAGAACUUCAGAAUGUAAACCUGUGUGGCUUUCUCCUGCAGCCAGUUCUGUAUACACCUUUUCUGCUUGUCAGAGAUGUUAGUUUUAGCAAUUCAGUGGGUUCGCCAGCACAGGGGUGUUAUCCUGCUUCUUUGUUCAGGUCUCCUCCCGAUUCUGCCUUAAGCUUGGUGAAAGUGGUCUGUUACUUCUGUGCUGUUAUACAUUUUGAUAAUAGUUUUCUUUUUCGAUAUUUCUUGGUAAGAUGAACAGCAGUUGGAUUGAUGGUUUUGGAUGUUAAUUGUAAGAGGCAACUUAGUCUGUGUUGUUAGCUGGUCGAUCAUCUUUUGAACUGUUCAGUUGAAACACUUUGGACAUUCGAAGAAUUCUAGAUGAUCAAUACGAUGGACAAUGGCUUGUUCUUUUGUACCGCGAACAGAAAUCAAUAAAUUUCUCAGGAUCUUGAGAUUUUGUAU